CGAACUGAACGAACGAAACCAGCCGCUGAGCCGCCCCUUCUUCCCCCAGACUUGGACAAACCCUAGGCGACCAGGACCAGCCGUCCGCCGGCGCCGCCCGCCAACGCCACCUGCCGUCGCGCCGGUCGAGCCUAUCCAGCCGCCCCACCCCCCCUCCCCCCUCCAGUCCGUUGCCCGCCCCUUCGAUCACUUCUGCGGUCGUGCGGGCGUCAGGUUGCGCCGCUGUCGCGCUGCGGGCUGCUGCUCCGUCCGGCGAGGCGCGGAGGCGGCGACUCCGGCGAGGCUUGGCGUCCGCGAGGUGCUCGAUCCCUUCUUCCUGGCGUCGGGCGAGGUGCUGGUUUGCCAGGAGCCGAGCCGCAACACAGAGCAGAGCAGAGAGUUAAUACAGAUAACAUUAUCUUUUACCAUGGCUAGUGCGGAGGAUGUGAAGCAGCGGCAGGUUGUUGAAGACCGUGCAAGAAAUAUUAGCCACAAUGUACGGUGCACUGAGUGUGGCAGCCAGUCCAUUGAAGAUUCGCAAGCAGAUGUUGCAGUUCUCCUUAGAAGGUUAAUUCGUGAUGAAAUAAAAUCUGGAAAGAGUGAUAAGGAGAUAUACAAAAAACUAGAAGAAGACUUUGGAGAAACAGUUCUAUAUGCCCCUAAAUUUGAUCUUCAAACUGCUGCCAUAUGGUUAUCACCGGUCAUUGUGGGCGGCGUAGCAGCCGGUGUGUGGGCUUACCAAAAGCACAGGCAAAGGACCAACGUUCACAUCAUGGCUCUGAACCUCGUCCGAGGGGUUCCCCUGACUCCAAGGGAGAAGGAGACGAUGAUCGACAUCCUCACGCCGCCCCUGCCGGCAAGGAGGUGGUGGUGGCCUCUCAAAUGAUGUUCUUCCAUGUCCUUAGACGCGACACGAGUGGGUACCAAUUUCCAGAGGUACAAAUGUUCAGGAUGGCUGGAAUUCUAGCGUGUGAUUUCGAUGCACAUCUCGCGCCCUGCUUGAAGCUUGUGCUACAGAUUUUUUUGGUUUUAUAACCGGAUGCUUGCGAUAUCUUGGUGGUUUGUGAUGCAUGAACCUAAGUAGCUAGCAGCACAUGUUGCCUUCCGUAUGCGGGCUGUGAAGCUGAAAAAGAGCCUCCUGUUCAAGUGUAGUUUCUUCCCUGUUAAACUGACAAACAUGAGGUGUCACUGCUGACCCUCUGUGCUAGCAGUCUAGCACAGAAGUAGAGCUUUUUGUUCCCAGAAUAAGCUGCAGUUUUUAAUUGGAUUUUCGUUAUGGAUUUUCCUAGUCUCUUUGA